AACUCAUCUCUUCAUCUUCAUUCCAUCAAAAUGGCUCUCAAUCAUGCUGCUAUCAUGACCUUCUUUGUCAUGACUUUAGUGGCGAUUUCAUCUGCCAGUGAUUCCUAUAGCCCUGCUACCGAAUACAAGAAACCAUCUUACUCUCCCGUUUACACCCAAUCACCUGAAUACACACCAUCGCCAGUGUACAAGUCCCCAGAGUACUCACCAUCUCCAGUGUACAAGUCCCCAGAGUACUCACCAUCUCCAGUGUACAAGUCCCCUGAGUACUCCCCAGAGUACUCACCAUCUCCAGUGUACAAGUCCCCAGAGUACUCACCAUCUCCAGUAUACAAGUCCCCAGAGUACUCACCAUCCCCAGUAUACAAGUCCCCAGAAUACUCACCAUCUCCAGUAUACAAGUCUCCAGAGUACUCACCAUCCCCAGUAUACAAGUCCCCAGAGUACUCACCAUCCCCAGUAUACAAGUCCCCAGUGUACUCACCAUCUCCAGUAUACAAAUCUCCAGAAUACUCUCCAUCUCCUGAAUACAAGGCCCCAGUAUACGAGGCACCAGUUUAUAGCCCAUCCCCUGUAUACAAGUCACCAGUAUACUCUCCAUCUCCAGUAUAUGAGACACCAGUUUACAGUCCAUCCCCUGUCUAUAAGUCACCUGUAUACAGCCCAUCUCCAGUAUACAAGACACCAGUUUACAGCCCAUCCCCCGUUUAUAAAUCACCUGUAUACACCCCAUCUCCAGUAUACAAGGCACCAGUUUACAGCCCAUCCCCCGUCUACAAGUCACCUGUAUACCCCAUCCCCGUCUACAAGUCACCUGUAUACACCCCAUCUCCAGUAUACAAGACACCAGUAUACAGCCCAUCCCCCGUCUACAAGUCACCAGUUUACAGCCCAUCCCCCGUCUACAAGUCACCUGUAUACAUACCAUCUCCAGUAUACAAGGCACCAAUUUACAGCCCAUCCCCCGUCUACAAGGCACCAGUUUACAGCCCAUCUCCAGUAUACAACCCAUCACCGGUAUACAAGUCACCCGUAUACACUCCAUCUCCAGUAUACAAAUCACCAGUUUAUACCCCAUCUUCUAUAUACAAGGCACCUGUAUACAGUCCAUCACCCAUAUACAAGUCACCAGUAUACACCCCAUCUCCAGUAUACAAGGCACCCGUUUACAGCCCAUCCCCCGUGUACAAGUCACCAGUGUACACUCCAUCUCCAGUAUACAAGGCUCCCGUUUACAGUCCAUCCCCCGUGUACAAGUCACCAGUGUACACUCCAUCUCCAGUAUACAAGACUCCAGUAUACAGCCCAUCACCCAUCUACAAGUCACCUGUGUACACCCCAUCUCCAGUAUACAAGGCACCAGUUUAUAGUCCAUCCCCUAUUUACAAGUCACCAGUAUACGAGGCACCAAUUUACAGCCCAUCCCCCGUGUAUAAGUCACCUGUGUACACACCAUCUCCAGAAUACAAGGCCCCAGUAUACAGCCCAUCCCCUGUUUACAAAUCUCCAGUUUACACCCCUUCUCCAGUGUACGUGUCGCCAGUAUAUAGCCCAUCCCCUGUGUACAAGUCACCAGUAUACACUCAAUCUCCAGUAUACAGUCCUUCCCCGGUGUACAAGUCACCAGUGUACACUCCAUCUCCUGAAUACACCGCACCAGUAUACAUCCCAUCCCCUGUUUACAAGUCCCCUGUUUACACCGCAUCUCCAGUAUACACCCCAUCUUCAGACUAUAAGGCACCGUUUACAGCCCAUCUCCCGUAUACAAGUCACAAGUUUACACCCCAACUUACGAGACUCCUACAUAUUCUCCAAGCCCUUCAUAUGGCUAUUAAGAGAAUUACACUACUAAGUGACUGUUUUAUUUGACAUUAUUUUAAUGUAUCUCCCAUUGAGGGCUUAAGUUGGUUUAAUUGAGAUUCCUUUCUAUUGUAUUGCUUUAUUCAAUAUAUUAAUAAUACAUAUUCUCUGUUUGUUUUUUA